CUUCCGAUAUUGUAAUAAUACAACCUAUUUAAAAUGUUCCAUAUCACCCUUGAAUAUAUUGUUGGGUUAAAAACAAGGUGUUAAACUGUAUUUCUGCUAAUGAAAACAUCACUCCAUUGCAUCCCGCAAUCCUAAUGACCAACUUCAGUUAGUGCUUGUUAUUUACCAUGAUAACAGGUUCCUCGUCCCACAUGGUGUUUCACACAGCAGCAAUUCUGACUGAUAGACCGGACGACCCACCUCCAUCCCACCACAACCGUCCAAUGAGGCUGCAGAGCGGGGACGAGCCUUCAGCAGCAGCCUCUUAUUUCGCACUACAGUAACCCUGUAACACACUGGUAGUCAUGUGACGGUCAUAUAGUACAACUCAGCGAGCGCCCAGUCCAGUCGAAUUCUGCUGCCUGUGGAUGGCGUGUCUCAAGGGCAAAUCUUUCUCUGGUAAUAGACAAACCCGUCGGAUGAAACAAUCGUCCCAAGCGCCGCUUGCACUGGGAAUGUACUGAGUGAACAAGGAUAGGUGAUGAAUGCACGCUGCGGAGGAGCGCAUAAUGCUGCCGACUGCCCCAUGUGGUGUUUUCUGAUAAUACUGUUGACAGUUUUUUUUCUCUCUGGCUGAGUUUACUCUCCGUCACUGAGACCAUGCAGGGGCCCCUGGAAAGGGAGGAAGAGAUAGAGGUGGAAGGGGGAAUGAGGAGUACACACUGUAUCCUGGCUGGAGACCUUGGAUUGCAAGAGUGUUUCCCUGACGCUUAUUUUUUUCCAGUCUGAGAGAAAACACCAGGUGUUUUGCUAUCUCACCCGAGCAGGAAUUGUAGCCUCAGUGACUUAGGUUUGUUCAGCCUGACUUUUCCAGCCUCACAGGGAAUAAUUUUCUUACAAAUCAUUCUAAACACAGACUCUGAGUCCAACAAGAAACAGUGGUUUGGCACUAGCCAGGGAUGGUAGAUAACCUCUCAGUGAACGAGGAGACUUUUCUUAAGUACAGUGGCUCUCCACUGGCCUGUCGUGUGUCUGACAUGGUGACAGACCUGGGCUCCUACCAGGUGAUGCCGUCACCACUUUCGGAGGAUGACUUGAGUGAAUCAUCCAGCCCUCGUUCCUGCUCCAGCCCGGACUCCCAGGUGCUCAGCUCCAGCUAUGGCAGCAACUCCAGUGCUGAGAGUCAGGAUAGUAUCCUGGACCACCUGCUGUCUCAGGCCUCUUUAGGAGGUGCCAACAGUGUCUCGGCAGGGUCUGUGGCACCUAUACCAUUAUCCAGUUUCCUCUUGGACUCACAGAGAGAUGAGCCAUCCAAACAUGAGUCAGUAAAGGAGGAAAAUUUUGAUUUCCUCAACUGGACCAGUGUGGAGACAGAGGAACAACAAGGAGCGUCCUUUCAACCCACUUUGGAAGAGAUUGAAGAAUUCCUUGAAGAGAAUAUGGAAGUGGUGACAAUGAAGCAAGAGAUCCGAGAGGGUCGCCCAGCAUUGGGAGUUGGUCUAAAGGAAGCUCUUGAUCUAGAAAUUGGUCUUGAGUGUUGCUGGGAGGCAUGCUCUGAGCUUAAGGUAAAGCCAGAAGCCAAGUAUUCAGACCAAACUGUCCCAACUGCCAUCACUGCUGACCUAGCCACUGGUGCCUCCAGUAAGACCAAAGGUACACAUCAAUCCAGCACAGGGGCCAAGAAUACACCAGUCAGCAAACCUUUGUCAGCAGACAGUGGUACUAGCAGUAGUGGGAUGCCAGUCAUCCUACAGAUUCAGCCCAUGCAGAUAAAGCAAGAGGCCACAGUGGCACCUCUUAACCCAGUAGCCCAGCCCCCACAGCCUCCUCCAGCUUCAGACAUCAAAAUUGCGCAGCUACUGGUCAAUAUCCAAGGUCAGACCUUUGCCCUGGUGCCCCACAUCCUGCCCUCGGCUAACCUUAACAUCUCCUCUAAGUUUGUACGCAUUGCUCCUGUCCCCAUUGCAGCCAAGCCUCUUGGAGUUGGGGAGAGCUCAGUAAGCCAGGGAUCAGGGAUUCUUGCUGGGGGUCAAAAGUUCCAGAAGAAUCCAGUGGCAGAUCUAAUCAAAAUGCACAAAUGCACUUUUCCUGGCUGCACCAAGAUGUACACCAAGAGCAGCCACCUGAAGGCCCACCUGAGAAGACACACAGGAGAAAAGCCUUUCGCCUGCAACUGGCAGGGCUGUGGAUGGAGGUUUUCACGGUCGGAUGAGCUGUCUCGACACCGGCGGUCCCACUCAGGGGUCAAGCCCUACCAAUGUCCUGUAUGUGAGAAGAAGUUUGCCCGCAGUGACCAUCUGUCAAAACACAUUAAAGUCCACCGUUUUCCACGCAGCAGCCGGACAGUUCGCUCAGCAAACUGAUGCCCUGCUUGCAUCACUGGGAUUGCUGGAAAUGCUGGGAUUACUCUCAAACAGACAUAAGCCACAGGAGCAAGUUGUGAGUGUGAACUUCAUCAAGUAAAAUGAACAUGGGAUUGGAAGAACAUCUAGCUUCUUAUUUCGGUCUGUGAUUGUUCUAAUUCAUUGUACAAAAGUAAGCCAGCUGAAGGUUGUUGUUGCUGUUGGCGCUUUUUUAUGUUGUACCACUUACGUUUGUUCUGUCCUUAUCUCCUGCCUCGGCAGAAGAUAAGAUAAACUUAUUUUCAUUCA